CUAGGGUUUUGCUGCUCUCCGACCCCGAGCUCCGAAGGCCGCAGCAUCAGGCGCGGCCCCCCUCGCGUGUGACCGAGAUGGCGCUGCCGAAUCAGGGGACCGUUGAUUACCCCAGCUUCAAGCUCGUCAUCGUCGGCGAUGGUGGAACUGGUAAAACUACAUUUGUGAAGAGGCAUCUCACUGGAGAGUUUGAGAAGAAAUAUGAACCAACCAUUGGUGUGGAAGUUCAUCCGUUGGAUUUCACCACUAACUGUGGUAAGAUCAGGUUCUACUGCUGGGAUACCGCAGGGCAAGAGAAGUUUGGUGGCCUCAGGGAUGGAUACUAUAUCCAUGGCCAGUGUGCGAUCAUCAUGUUUGAUGUAACCUCAAGGCUUACUUACAAGAAUGUUCCUACGUGGCAUAGGGACCUGUGCAGGGUCUGUGAAAACAUCCCCAUUGUCCUCUGCGGUAAUAAGGUUGAUGUGAAGAACAGGCAGGUCAAAGCCAAGCAGGUUACUUUCCACAGGAAGAAGAAUCUGCAGUACUAUGAAAUUUCUGCCAAGAGCAACUACAACUUUGAGAAACCUUUCCUGUACCUUGCAAGGAAGCUGGCUGGUGAUCCGAACCUUCACUUUGUUGAAGCUGUUGCUCUUAAGCCUCCGGAAGUUACCAUCGACAUGGCUAUGCAGCAGCAGCAUGAAGCUGAGCUUGCUGCAGCAGCUGCACAACCUCUUCCUGAUGACGAUGAUGAUCUGAUUGAGUAGAAAGGAUCAUGAGUCUUGGACUUGAGCAGGAGUUGUGCCUUGCACGAUUUAAGUUGUUCUAGGGUGGACUCUCUCUUGAGUUAUCAUUGUCUGGAUCAUUUUUUUCUCCUUGGACUUGUUGCAACUUUUGAGUGUGGAAAUGGAUUGGAAUAGUCGCCAUGAAUUUGCUGGCUACUUUAUACAUGUCUUUGUUCAUAAACCUUGUUUUAAGAUGAAGUUGUGGCAAUCCUCUUAGUGCUAAUAUAAUGUUCUAUUGUCAGCUGU